AUCUACUGCUACAGACAAGUGUGGGCGAAGGUCACAUAGUCUAAUGCCUUUAUUAUCAGGGCCGCGUCCACUCAAUACUACACUAUAUGAUUAUAUGACAUUUUGGUUAAUAUAAAGCACAGCAUUAAGGUACUUCAGAAACAUCAUUUUAACAUUCCCCCUUUUGAUCUGCCCCAAUGGCAGAUCAACACUACUGCAAAUCAUCAAACAUAAUAUCAGCAUUUUGAUUCUCCCCAGUUCCCAACAGCGGGAUCAUGUUGUCUGCUCUGGUAUCAGAUUCCCCAACAGCGUGGUUAAUCAAUCUUACCAAUAAUGCUCUGAUACAAGUCACACAACAACAACCACAAGUUACCAGAAUAGCUGUAAAAAUGGCUAGAGAAACCAUAAUAGACAUAAUAAAACCCUUCCAUUGCCCAAAGACAGAGGUCAUCCACUCCUCCAACGGAUUAUUGACUCCCGAGUGCUCAUGCGUGAUGUUAGACAAAGUCUUCAGGCCUUCCAAUGCUCUGGUCAUGGAUCCAUCAGGGGCUGUAUUAUUAGGAAUAAAAGUACAGCACAUAUCGCCAAACAUUGUGCAAAUGCCCCCUUUUUCCACCAACAUGUCUAUUGCCAUUCAAUUCUGCACAGCCAUAAGAGAAGUGGGGCCUAAUUGUUCUGCUAAUCCUUCUACUGCAUCACAGGUUAAGUUUUCCAAUCUGAGGAUAUCGUGGUGGACGUGGUUAAUAUGGUCCACAUUCUUAUUUGGAGUAAUUGGAAUAAUCCCCGCAACCACAGGCAAAUUCUCUGUCACGGUCCUGGGUCGGUUCGACCCAGCAUUUUGAGUUUCUUAUGUUUUAGUUUAUUUUCUGCAUUAUGGAUUGUUCCUUAUCCUCUGGUGCUUUGAUUGUGAUUAUAAAUAUGUCUUAUUCUUGGUGAGGGAUUAAUUCUUAUGUGUAUGGUUUUUCUCGGGAUUAUUAGUUAUAUGCUGUUUCUUUGUGAUACUGUUUUGAUUAUAAUUAUGUUCUGAUUCUGUAGCUAUCUGAUGAUGAUGAUGAUGAUGAUUAUUAUUUCUGGUUUAGGUUUUGUUAUCUUGCCCUCAUGUUUAGUUUUGCUUGUGCUUAGUCUUCUCUGCCUGUAUGUCCCUCUGUCUGUCCAUGGUGUCUUGUCUGGUCCUGUGUCUGUUAGUUUCCUGUUUUAUUCUGAAGGUCCUUGUCUUACGUGAGUAUGUUCAGUUUACGUUUCCCCUGCCUCGUCAGUUGUGAUUUUCCCCAGGUGUGUUUCCCUCCUGUCUCUCAUCCCUUGAUUACUGCCUCAGUGUAUUUAAGCCCUGCGUUUUCCCGUGCUCACUGUCGCGUCGUUAACGUCUCCUACCCUCUAGUUAUCUGUGUGUUCCGUCUGCUAGCCUGCCUGCCUGCGUAGUUUAUUUCUGUAUUCUCAGUUUAGUUAAGUUUAUGCACCUUUUUCUGCCCAGCAAUAAAGCUGUGUGUUUUUGAGUUCACAUCUGCCUCCGAGUCCUUCAUUUUGGGUCCUUUCCCCGUGCCUGCCUGCACACAGCCAUGACAGAACGACGCGACCAGUACACGGACCCAGCGGACUCACGGUGGAAGCGCAGCUCCCAUUUUGACGGGACCCGGCUAGCGCUUGGAGGGCCUCCGUGUUGCCGUUCCUCGCUAGCAGCCUACCCUUCGGCCCGCUCAUCUGCUUCCUCCCCUCGGACGCCCCGGUCUCGCAGAAAACACUCCAGCUGGUCCCGGGAGGAUUACUACGAGCCCGCAAGCAACCAGCUUACGCCGGCUCAGGCAUUCUAUAAGAUGUUAGGGAUUAUUAUCGUGCCACCCGACUCACCCAGCGUUUCCACAUUACAGCAGGAGCAGCCUCAGCCGAGUCAUCCCUCGUCGCAUUCUGCCAGCGCUGCUCCCUCUUCUACGAGUAAGCGGCGAACGCGCCGCCAGCACUCACCGCUCCAGCAGGAGCCUGGGACUCUUUUCGAACAACCGCCUAGGGUGAGUGACAAAGUCUCGCUACAUUCGCCUUCUGUGUCGAGGGAUAAACAGACUGUUUCCCCCAAGGCCGCUAAUGCCGGCUUCAUGAACUCUGAGAUUCGUGUUUCUCCUGUUGGGGAAAAUGAAAGUAUUCGUUUUGAGAGCGAUCGUUUUCCCGUUGAGUCAAAAGACUGUGCUUCUGUUGCUCCUUCGGACCCAGGAGUUAAGACUGGAAGUGUUUAUCCUGGGGCUAUGGCUGUUCAGUUAGCCGCCCGGCCCGAAGCUCAGUUAGCUGCCCGGCCCGAAGCUCAGUUAGCCGCCUGGCCCGAAGCCCAGUCGCCACCUCCACCACAUUCAGCCUCAUUACCCAUAGCACAGUCACAACCACAGCCAGACUUAUUACAAUCCAUAACCCAGUCAGUAGCUCAGUUGGCAGAAGAGUCACUAGCCUUAUCAUCAGGUCAGUCUCCAGUGUCCUCAUUACCUGUUGUUCAACCAUCUUCUCCACCGCUAGUUUCAUCCUCUCCUCACCCGAUACUUCAGCCUAUAGCAGCCCAGUCCCCUGUAGCUCAGUCAUUCUCUCAAUCACCAGUUCCACCUUUACCACAACCACCACUACAACCUGUUCUUCAGUCAGUUCAAUCUCGUCCUGUUCUCCAGUCUGUUCAGUCGAGUUCAGUGCACUCUCUUGUAUUGCCAGCACCUCAGCCAUUAGCACUGCCCGCUCCUCAGCCACCAUCUCCACCCACUCAGUUUCAGGAGGAGGAUAGCCCCACACCGACUUUUGCUGCUCCUCAAGACCUGGCUAAAUCGGAGACUUUUACUCUUUCCGGGGCCUCCCCAGAGGUUAAAUAUCAGCAUUCAGUUAACUCUGGCCCCCUGGACAUAAAGAAGCCAGCUGAGGACUGCACCCGGCCGUCACUGCCUGAGCAGAAUCAAUGCUCUGUGCAGCUGCAGUCUGCUGUGUGUUUGCCAGAGGCCCGUGUGCCUGCUGGUUCUGUUUUGUCCCUGCCAGAGGCCUGUGAGCCUGCUGGUUCUGUUUUGUCCCGGCCAGAGGCCCACGUGCCUGCUGGUUCAGCCCUGUGUGUGCCAGGGGCCCCGGUGCCCACUGGUUCUGAGACUGUUUUCGCUGGGGGGCCCGAGGAGCCCGUCCAGCCACCUGCCUCGUCCGCUGGGGUCCCGAGGAGCCUGUCCAGCCACCUGCCUCGUCCGCUGGGGGGCCCGAGGAGCCCGUCCAGCCUCCUGCCUCAUCAGCUGGAGGUUCAGGAGAACCUAGCCAGCCUCCUGCCUCGUCAGCUGGAGGGCCCGAGGAGCCCGUCCGGCCUUCUGCCUCGUCAGCUGGAGGGCCCGAGGAACCCGUCCAGCCUCCUGCCUCGUCAGCUGGAGGUUCAGGAGAACCUAGCCAGCUUCCUGCCUCGUCAGCUGGAGGGCCCGAGGAGCCCGUCCAGCCUCCUGCCUCGUCAGCUGGAGGUUAAGGAGAACCUAGCCAGCUUCCUGCCUCGUCAGCUGGAGGGCCCGAGGAGCCCGUCCAGCCGCCAGCUGCAGCCUCAUCAUCCUCGCCAGCUGCAGCCUCAUCAUCCUCGCCAGCUGCAGCCUCAUCAGCCUCGCCAGCUGCAUCGGCGCCGCCUGCAGCUUCAUCAGCCUCGCCAGCUGCAUCGGCGCCGCCUGCAGCUGCAGCCUCCUCAUCAGCUGGAUCAGCGUCGCCUACAGCAGCAGCUGUUUCACCCACGCCGUCGCCUGCAGCGCCAUUCUCGUCUGGUCCAGCCUCCGAGCCUUCAGCUUUGCCUGGUCCAGAUUCAGCAUCAGCUCCAGCGUCGCUUGGUCCAGCGGCAGCCUCUUCCGCCUCACCUGGUCCAGCCUCAUCGUUUGCUUCGCCAUCGCCUGGUCCAGCCUCUGCUUCGGCCUCAUCCUCACCUGGUCCCGCCUCCACAUUGGCUUCGGCGUCGCCUGCAGUGGCCUCCUCUUCGGCUUCAUCAGCUUCAUUUGGCCCAGCCUCUGCAUCGGCUUCGCCUUCGCCUGGUCCAGCUUCGGCUUCACCCACGCCGUCGCCUGGUCCAGCUCCGGCUCCACCCUCGACUGGUCCAGCUCCGGCUCCACCCUCGCCUGGUCCAGCUCCGGCUCCACCUUCGUCUGGUCCAGCCUCCGCUUCAGCUUCGUCAGCGUCGCCUGGUCCAGCCUCUGUAUCCGCUUCAGCGUCGCCUGGUCCAGCCUCAUCAUCCGCUUCGGCCUCGUCUGGCCCAGCUUCUGCCUCGUCUGGUCCAGCCUCUGCCUCGCCUGGUGCUGCGGGGGCCACGCCACCUUCAGGUCCCAAACUGCCGCCUCAACAUCAUCGGUCAUUUGUCAGGCUGCUUGUUGGGCAUCAUCACCACCGUGGCCGGCCUCCGGACUUCUGUUGCCGCCCCCGCCUCCCCCGUAGACGACCACCUGAACGCCGCCACUGCCUUCCGCGUGGCCGGCCUCCGGGCUUGCUCCGUUUCCGCCACUGCCUUCCGCGUGGCCGGCCUCCGGACUGCCUUCGUUUGCCUUGCCGCCGUGGCUGCCAGCACGGUCGGCCCCAGAACUGUUUCUACACCGUUGCCAUCCACACGGUCGGCCCCCAGAACUGUUUCCGCGCCACUGGCUACUGCAUGGCCGGCCUCCGGACCUGCCCCGCUGCCGCUGCCUUUCACACAGUCGGCCUCCGGAACUGAACUGUUUUGGCCUCCUGUGCGGUCGGCCUCCGGGUCGGCCCCCUGAACUGUUUGUUAGGUCUGUGUUUCUUGACCGUCUGGGUUUUUGGUUUGUGUUUGGCCUCUGUCCCUCCGUCCUGGACCCCCACCGCCCGCCCUGGUCGGGUCGUUUUCUGUUUUUUUGGGGGCGUGUUUGUGUUUCUGUUGGGCUGUCUGGGGCCAGCCCUUGAGUGGGGGGUACUGUCAUGGUCCUGGGUUGGUUCGACCCAGCAUUUUGAGUUUCUUAUGUUUUAGUUUAUUUUCUGCAUUAUGGAUUGUUCCUUAUCCUCUGGUGCUUUGAUUGUGAUUAUAAAUAUGUCUUAUUCUUGGUGAGGGAUUAAUUCUUAUGUGUAUGGUUUUUCUCGGGAUUAUUAGUUAUAUGCUGUUUCUUUGUGAUACUGUCUUGAUUAUAAUUAUGUUCUGAUUCUGUAGCUAUCUGAUGAUGAUGAUGAUGAUGAUGAUGAUGAUGAUUAUUAUUUCUGGUUUAGGUUUUGUUAUCUUGCCCUCAUGUUUAGUUUUGCUUGUGCUUAGUCUUCUCUGCCCGUAUGUCCCUCUGUCUGUCCAUGGUGUCUUGUCUGGUCCUGUGUCUGUUAGUUUCCUGUUUUAUUCUGAAGGUCCUUGUCUUACGUGAGUAUGUUCAGUUUACGUUUCCCCUGCCUCGUCAGUUGUGAUUUUCCCCAGGUGUGUUUCCCUCCUGUCUCUCAUCCCUUGAUUACUGCCUCAGUGUAUUUAAGCCCUGCGUUUUCCCGUGCUCACUGUCGCGUCGUUAACGUCUCCUACCCUCUAGUUAUCUGUGUGUUCUGUCUGCUAGCCUGCCUGCCUGCGUAGUUUAUUUCUGUAUUCUCAGUUUAGUUAAGUUUAUGCACCUUUUUCUGCCCAGCAAUAAAGCUGUGUGUUUUUGAGUUCACAUCUGCCUCCGAGUCCUUCAUUUUGGGUCCUUUCCCCGUGCCUGCCUGCACACAGCCAUGACAUUCUCAAACCCAGUCGCAAUUGGGUCAGCCAAUUUAUACUCAUUCGGCACCCCUCUGGGCACACCAAUAGAGUCUAUAUACAUUGGUGAACCCACAGAAAGGUCAAACAAACAAGCUUGUCGAACGCUUUCUCAAAACAUGGCAUCUACGCCUCACCGUUAAUUGGGUAGUGCUGGGUUUACCCAGUCUCACCCCCUUUUCACCCACUAGGAUUAAUAGGGCCCCCAACCGCACCAGCGCGCACAGGACAGAUGUUCCCCUUGGGAUUCACGAACAAGCGAUAUUCUCCACAAAAGUAAUACAAAUCAGAUCGUGCCCAUGAACCAAUAUACGUGUCAUUGUCCUGUGGGCGUUCCCCCUGGCUGGACAGACUUUUACACACCAGUCAGCUGGAAUUUCACUGGCAUCAUGUGAUGGGUCUGUCUAGCACAGACCCCUUGCUGGAACGAGACAAUUCUACUACAACAGCAAAAAGCAUUGGACACAAAGUAGAGCUCUUUGAUCUCGUGCACGAGGGAGAGAACUGUGACAAGCGUGUUCCUGUCGCUCACCCCAGUCGCUCUCAGCCAGCUUUCCACGUACACUGCUCUUUAUUGUGGUUACAUGAAUAUGCAAAGGUUCAUUAAGAUAUGACGUCUUACAUAGGCAUACAUGUGAACAAAGAGUACCUUGUCUGUGUGUACGUAUAGGCAUGUGUGUGUGUGUGUGAAGACCUCCCAAUCCUGCUGGCGCCAGGGAGUCCAGCAGUUCACUUAAACAGAUACAGAGGAGGUAGGUGCCCUCCUAUGGUAUAAAUCAGAGAGAGAAGGUAUGACCUCUCUCAUGACCUCAGGGUGUGUGUGCAUGCCAGAACACUCUGGAAGGCACACAGUGUCUUUGGAGACUACUAAGGAUCAGACCUCUAUCAUUAUGCAAUCGAUUAUAAAACUCUAAGCACAUAUGAGUAUAUAUUUCUAAGCAUAAAUGACAAUCAAUAAUAUAAACCUAACAUCAUGCUUGUGGCUGGAAGGUCCAGAAACAGUAAAGUUACAACAGGUGUAAUUUGCUUUUCUCGGUGUGAACGGUCCUAAUAGUUUUAUUAUCAUUUGGGGGAAACAGGCUGGCUAGUGUGGUACAGUUACCCUUCGAAACCGCCUCCCUAGUUAAUCUGAGCAUACACUUAAAUCCCCAGCGGUCCUCUGGAUAGAGGGGUGCCAGUUCAGUAAACAGAUGUGGUCUGGCCGCUGACACAUUUUGCUCUUGGGAGUUUUGAAUUAGCCAGACUGUCACGGUCCCCGUGCCUCACUGGCUGAUUCCGCGUUAGGCAAUAUGUCGUUGUUUUUGUUCUCUCUCUCUCUCUCCCUCUCCCUCUUUCCCCUGCCGCGGCGGUGCUCACUGCGGGCUCCGCCCCUGGCCCACGCACCUGUGCUCUUCAUCACACCUGUCGCUGUUUACUGCAAUCAGAAGGGCCUUUUAAGAUGGCAGACCUACACUACUCGUCGCUGGAACGUUGAGCCACCCGUAUCCCCCCCGGACCCGUCCCUGUACCCCCGAGUGAGCGAGAGGAGCGACUGGAGGAAAAGGAGUGGGAUUGUUGGCUGAGAGAGCGGAGUGUGGUUUUGGACCCUUUCCCUUCCCCUCGCACCCUGGAG